AUGGCUGGAUCGGAUGAAGUCAAUAGCCAUCCGGUAGGAAACCGUGAUGAUGCUAAAUUCUUAGUAACGGGUGCUGAGCUGAAAGCAAUUGUGAAUGAUGCGGUUGCAAAAGCCUUGGAACGACAGUACAAUGCAGUGAGACAGAGAUCAUUAAGAAAUGCGGACUCUGAAAAGAGGAAACGUGAAGAUGAAAAUUCACGUCGGUCAGGCAAGAAGCAUAGAGGGAACCGUGACAGUAAGAAGGGGUCUGAAGCCAGGAGGAACGAUCAACAGUCGGGCGAUAGGCCCAAGUGCAAGGUUUGCAGGAAGCACCACUUCGGGAGGUGCAGGAGAGUGUGGAAGAGAAAAGAAGACGGUUGGAAUACGAUCCAAAACAAGCAAGAUUUUAAGCAAGAAAGAAGAUUCGAUAACAGGGAAGCAAGGCUGAGAAAUGCAACUUCAUUCUUCAUCUCGAACCUCCCUGACUUUUGUGACAAAGAAGUUCUUUGGAAGGCUUUUGACCAUUUGGAUAAUCUUGAGGAUGUGUUUGUCCCUACAAAGAGAGAUAGAGCGGGAAACAAAUUUGGUUUUAUCAAACUAUCGCAUGCAAGUGAUACGGAGUGGUGGAUUGAAAAGUUGAAAGAAGUUAGAGUUGGUGGGGCGGUUAUCGGGGUCAAUCGUGCUAAGUUUAAUAGAGAUGGGUCUAAGUCGUUUAACGAGCAAAGAGAUAAUGCCUACUGA